UUAUUUUCUUUAUGAGUCACACUGUAGAAGAAGAAGCAUUUAAUAAAGCAAUGGCAGAAAAGAAGAAACGCGGACAAAAUUUUACAAUGGAAGAGAAGGACAGACUAAUAAAGUUAUUAGCACAGUAUCGGUCCACAAUAUUAAAUAAAAAAACGGACGGUACCACCAAUAUGGCGAAGAUGCAAGCCUGGAAUGCUUUAACGAAUAAAUUUAAUAGUUGUGGCUCAACUUACAGAACUAAAGAUUCACUGGUGAAACAGUGGGACAAAUUAAAAACGGAGGCCAAAAUAUAUAAAGGAAAAAAUAAUAAAGGUGUAAUGGGCACAGGAGGUGGACCAUCCACGGUAAAAUCCGAUCCAGUUCUGGACCAGGCGUGCGACCUGCUGGGGAGGGCAUGCUCAGGCAUGCUAGCUGUCAAUGACAGUGAUGCUGAUAUACCUACAAGUGGGGAACUAGAAAGCAGUAUGUUUCAUGAUAUUGCCACAGAAGUUGAGAUAUAUGAAAGAGAAGGAGAACAGGAUGUACCAAUGGUAAGUUGUUUUAUUUAUGAUUAA